AUGCGCGAGAUCCUCUACGUCCAGGCCGGGCCUCUCGCCAACCAUGUCGGCACUCAUUUCUGGAAUGCCCAGGAGAGCUACUUCACGUACGACGACGAGAGCGAGCCCCAAGUCUUCCACGACCGCUCCUUCCGGGAAGGCCUGACCGCCACCGGAGAACAAACGUACUGCCCGCGUGUGCUCCUCAUUGACCGCAAGUCGCAAUUUGGUUCCCUCCCCAGUGGCCUUUACGGCACAGAAAACGACCUUGAUGCCACCCAAUGGUCUGUUCGCUUGAACGGCAUCGUCGAGUUCCGUCAAGAUUCCGUCAGCAAGAGUGCAUACCACACUCGCCUCGAUCAACGCGGGCCUGCAGAGGACGAGGACGACGCAGAGCCCGCAGAGCCCACCACCAUCCGCUUUUGGUCCGACUACAGCCGAGUCUACUUUCAUCCCCGCUCACCCCACAGGCUCCCCGAUCCUGCCGAGUGGGAGGAUGCCCAAGGCGAUUGGCUUAGCAGCAAGCGAGCAUUCGCCCAACAUCACACCGGUAUCCAACUUCUCAGCGACUCCGUCACCUUCGGAGGCUUCACCGACGCUUUUCUGACCGCAUUCAGGGAUGACUUCCCUAAGUUGCCUUCCCUCGCCUUCCCCAUCCUGUCCCCCGCGUCCUUCGGUUCCGUCGACGUCGAUCAACAAGACGAAGCAAUGAAAGCACUGAAUGAUGCCCUGGUGCUCAAGGGACUGGAAGACCUCUCCACGAUGAAUGCUCCCCUACAGGCUCCUACAACGUGGCGUUUUGGCGCGUGGUCAGACGAUCUGAACGCCAAUGUAGGAACAAUUCAUCUCGGUGCCGUCACUGCAACGCUGCCGCUGAGACUCAAGAGCUUGGCAAAUCAAGAUCUCUUCUCUCUCAGUACCACGCUCAACAGGUCGGGCGAUUUCAAAACGUUGUGCUUGUCUGGAAUGUAUCCGCUCUCAACGCCUUUUGAUCUGUCGAUGGACACAGAAAGGCGCAUCUACGAUUUAUCGUCCCCUGCCGACAGCGACAAAAGCCUCGUAGUGCCCCGACUGACCUCCCCCUUCGCAGUGUGCACGCCUUCCCUUACCCAACUCCCUCCUCAUUCCCCCUCCUCCCGCGCCCUCCCCGCUCCGACCCUCCGCCACCGCGCGCUGAGCACCCUGACCGCGUCGAGCGCACCUUCGCGCCUGUUCGCCGCGCACGCCCGCGUCGCACAGGCGUGCGUCGACCGGCGCGCCGCCGUCGUCGUGCACAUGGGGCUCGAGUUCGACGACGUCCGGGAGCUCAAGGACGACCUCUGGGCGCUGUGCGACCGGUACGCCGGCGACGACGCGCACGGGACGGGGCCGGAGGCGGAGGACGAGUUCGGCGAGGACGAGGAGUGA